GCCACGGACAACAACUGCCACAUCACGCUGGUCAUCCACCCCCGCAAGGAGGAUGACGAGAAGGAGCUGCAAACAGCCUCCAUCUUCGGCUCCGCCAAGGCCAGCCAGGAGGCAGACAACGUCCUCAUCCUGCAGGAUCGGAAGCUCAUGACGGGGCCUGGGAAGCGGUCCCUGCAGGUAUCCAAGAACCGUUUCGACGGGGACGUGGGCGUCUUCCCCCUGGAGUUCAGCAAGGCCUCACUCACCUUCUCCCCCUCUGGCAAAACCAAGGUCAAGCUGAAGAAAAUGAAAGAGGAGAAGGCGCCUCCAGCCAAGAAGCCUCCAGCGGGAGGCACGGGGGCUUCCAAGAAGCCUUGA